GCUUAGUGAAUCACUUUCCGUAGCCUCUGCAGGCUUACGGGUUCUGUUCUCUUACGAAGGACCUCAAGAUAAACACCCCGACCUCUUACACUGAGGUAGAGGAACUCUUGAAUUGCGUCGAAAACCCGACGAAAUGGGCGCUGCACGUGACGAAACCAUUGCCCACUUUUUAUACUACAAACGUAGUCCUUAUUGGAGAUGCUGGACACGCCAUGUUACCACAUCAAGGCGCAGGGGCUGGCGUAGCGAUCGAGGACGCCUAUCUAUUUUCCUCUCUUCUCGGCGAACCCAGCGUAACCCCUGACAGUCUCUCCAUCGCUCUCGAGGCCUACGAACACAUCCGCCAACCACUAGCUCAUCAUGUCCAAACUGGUUCGCGUGUGAGCGGUCAGCUGUACGAAUUUGAAUUUGGCGAGGACUACGAGGCUUUGGGACCGGCAAUAGAGAUGCAGUGGAGGUGGCUGUGGGAGGGGAGUGCGGAGGAGGAUGUAAGAAGAGGGUUAGAAUGGAUGAGGACCUGUAGGGACGGAGGAAUGCAACUGACAUAGGACCUCAUUCAUAUAGUGAGUGAGUUACGAUAUGGGGUAGUGUCUGUAGAUGAAGUCCAGGAUCAAACUUGUACGACUGUCGCCUCAUGUUCUGUACUUAGAAUGCCACUGUAUUGUCCUUGUGUCCAAUAUGUGCAUGAGCUGCUUGC